AUGGACUCCGAGAAUGUGUUCGACAUAAACAGUGCCCCCGAGGCUCCCGGAGCUCCCUCAAGCAAGAAGAAAACAAGCAAGAGGCAUCCCAACGAAAGCAGUAAAAUGCCUCAGGCCAAGAAAGCCCGCACUGCAGGCCCUCUGGCCGUCGGACCCUCAGCCAAUGUAACACCACCUCCUUCUCCUCACAAGCAGCAAACUCCCCCUGCUCCUGCUGGGUCGACACCGUCUCCACCGGCCCUAACCGACCAGACUCAGCAGGCUGGUCCUGCUUCCGCAUGGGGGCGACAUAUCGAGUCGUGCCUUAAGAUUGGUCAACGAAAAGGUGGCCAAGAUUUUGAAGCACGAAUGAUACCGAGAGGAAAUGGCUGGGACAGAGACGAUGGACGUCGAUCAGAUCUUAAAUCGCACCUUGAAUGA